AUGUCUCUGAACGCAGAGCCCGCCGAUCCUCAGGAGCGCCAGGAACACCACCUUCCACCCAAGUCAUUCGCCGACGCAGCUCACGAAGCUCUCGACCAAAAUGGCCACGACUCUAUCAACGAAGAAUCCAUCAAAGAAACUCCUCCGACGCGGAAGCUCUCAAGAAAGGGCAGCAUCGAACCUCGUCCACUUCAGGAAAUGCUAGACGAGGAGGAGAAACAGCCAUCACUUCCAUCAACGCCAAUUCAACCUCGCCGUACCCGUUCUACCAAGCAGCAGGAGAAGUCAUGGGCAGACAUGGCCGAAGACGGUCGCAGCGAGUCGCCUAAGAGCCCCGCCCAGCUCCAUCGCCCUCACAAGCGCACUUCUUCCCUGAGAUCCAACAAGUCUAACAGUCCCAUGAUGACCGUCUCGGAAGGUUUCAAUGGCAUGCAGCAGAAGCUUGUAUACGAAAAGUUCGAGAGUCCUGAUGGCAAGCAAUUGACCAGCGUGAAGCCUGACGACUCAUACGAGGAAGCUCUAAGGAUAGAUGAGAAGGAAGCCCCCAAGAAGAAAGAACAACCAAAGGCAUCUAAAGAUGAGCUUGUCAGUGGAAGAAGAGCUGGAGCAGGCUGGGAGACUUCGGCCAUAAGAUGGGCGCCGCUCAACGUUCCUCUCCAGCGUCGCCUACAGACAGCCAUGGUCCUUGUCCACACCUUGAGUAUCGCUAUGUUCCUUGCCGCUUUCUUCAUCCUGUGCGCCAUUCCUGUGCUUUGGCCUCUACUGCUGCCUUACCUCCUCUACGUCCUCUUCUCCAAGGCUGGUACCUCUGGCUCUCUCAAGUACCGCUCCGAGUGGCUGCGAAGACUCCCGGUCUGGUCUCUGUUCGCAUCAUACUUCCCUGCUCGUCUGCACCGUUCACAAGAGCUACCUGCCACUCGCAAGUACGUCUUUGGCUACCAUCCGCACGGAAUUAUCAGCCACGGUGCUUUUGUCGCCUUUGCGACCGAGGCUCUUGGCUUCGCGCAGUUGUUCCCAGGAAUCACCAACACUCUCUUGACUCUCGACUCGAACUUCCGUAUCCCGCUGUAUCGCGAUUACGCUCUGCGCCUUGGUCUGGCUUCGGUCUCGCGUGAAAGUUGUGAGAACAUCCUUUCCAAGGGUGGUCCUAACGGUGAGGGCAUGGGCCGUGCUAUCACGAUCGUCGUUGGUGGUGCUCGCGAAUCACUCGAUGCUCAGCCUAACAGCCUGCGACUCGUACUCGCUCGUCGCAAGGGCUUCGUCAAGCUCGCCAUCCGGACUGGUGCUGAUCUCGUUCCUGUACUUGCAUUUGGCGAGAACGAACUGUACGAGCAGUUUGACCCGCAAGCACAUCCCACGAUCCACAAAUUCCAACUACUGGUCAAGAAGGCUUUGGGCUUCACGAUCCCGCUCUUCCACGCACGUGGUGUCUUCAACUACGAUGUUGGCAUGAUGCCUUACAGGCGUCCACUCAACAUCGUCGCUGGCCGACCAAUCAUGGUGCGCAAACAGGAGCGUCCUGAUUCCAACUAUGUCGAUGAGAUUCACGCACAAUACGUGGAUGAGCUCAAGCGUAUCUGGGACGAGUGGAAGGAUGUUUUCGCCAAGCACCGUGACGGUGACCUCGAGAUUGUCGAGUAA